UCGCGGUUCCUCCGCUCCAGUCGCUGCUGCCGCCGCCGCGGUAGCUGGGGGUUGGUGAGAGGAGGAGCUGUCGCGGACCCCGGGGGGUCCGUCUCGGUCGCUGUUUUUGCCUGAGGAACCUUCUUUCCUCGGUCGUACGCUGACUCCCGCGGUGUCGAGGGGGAGUCCCUGCGGACACCUCAGCACGCAGUGGAGAUGCCUCUCUUUGCCACCAAUCCCUUCGAUCAGGACGUCGAGAAAGCAACCAGUGAGAUGAAUACUGCUGAAGAUUGGGGUCUCAUUUUGGAUAUUUGUGAUAAAGUCGGUCAGUCUCGCACUGGACCUAAAGAUUGUCUUCGGUCUAUUAUGAGGAGGGUGAACCAUAAAGAUCCUCAUGUUGCCAUGCAGGCUCUGACUCUUCUAGGAGCGUGUGUAUCAAAUUGUGGCAAAAUUUUUCACUUAGAAGUAUGUUCAAGAGAUUUUGCUAGUGAAGUAAGCAACGUAUUAAACAAGGGUCAUCCUAAAGUGUGUGAAAAAUUAAAGGCUCUUAUGGUUGAAUGGACGGAUGAAUUUAAGAAUGAUCCACAGCUUAGUCUAAUAUCAGCAAUGAUUAAGAACCUUAAGGAACAAGGUGUUACGUUUCCAGCUAUUGGCUCUCAGGCUGCAGAACAAGCAAAAGCAAGCCCAGCUCUGGUAGCCAAGGAUCCUGGUACUGUGGCUAACAAAAAAGAAGAAGAAGAUUUAGCGAAAGCCAUUGAGUUGUCGCUGAAGGAACAAAGGCAGCAGUCAACCACCCUUUCCAGUUUGUAUCCAAGCACAUCUAAUCUCUUAACUAACCACCAACACGAAGGCCGGAAAGUUCGCGCUAUAUACGACUUUGAAGCUGCUGAAGAUAACGAACUUACUUUUAAAGCUGGAGAAAUUAUUACAGUUCUUGAUGACAGUGACCCCAACUGGUGGAAGGGUGAAACCCAUCAAGGCAUGGGGUUAUUCCCCUCUAAUUUUGUGACUGCGGAUCUCACUGCUGAACCAGAAAUGAUUAAAACGGAGAAGAAGACGGUACAAUUUAGUGACGAUGUUCAGGUAGAAACGAUAGAACCAGAGCCGGAACAAGCCUACAUUGAUGAAGAUAAAAUGGACCAAUUGCUACAGAUGUUGCAAAGUACAGAUCCCAGUGAUGAUCAACCAGAUCUUCCAGAGUUACUUCAUCUUGAAGCCAUGUGUCACCAGAUGGGACCUCUCAUUGAUGAGAAGCUGGAAGAUAUUGACAGAAAACAUUCAGAACUCUCAGAACUCAAUGUUAAAGUGAUGGAGGCCCUGUCCUUGUAUACCAAGUUAAUGAAUGAAGAUCCAAUGUAUUCCAUGUAUGCAAAAUUACAGAAUCAGCAGUAUUAUAUUCAGUCAUCUGGUGUUUCUGGUUCUCAGGUGUACCCGGGCCCUCCUCAAAGCGGUGCUUACCUGGUCGCAGGGAGCGCACAGCUGAGCCAGCCCCCGAGCUACAGCCUUCCCCCCGAGCAGCUGUCUUCUCUCAGCCAAGGAGCCGUGCUGCCUGCCAGCCCCGCCCUUCCCAGUCAGCAGGCUCAGGCUUCCUACCCCAACACCAUGGGCACGUCCGUUCAAGGAGGCACGUAUCCCAGCCAGGCUUCAGUGUACAGUCCUCCUCCUGCCGCCGCCGCCGCCCCCGACGUCACCAUAUACCAGAACGCAGGGAGCAGCCUGUCCCAGGUGCCGAACUAUACUUUCACAUCAGCGCUGCCCCAACCGCCUCCGCCCCAGCAGCCACACUCUCCGAAGGCCCUGCUGUAGGGCUGGGAUGCCUCUUUGUGGCAAAUGCCUGCUAAACGCCGACGACCAUGUCAUGAGAUUCUUUGAUAUCUUAAGAUUUGUUUAUCCUCAGCUUAUAGGAAUCGUAUCUUGGUCAGCAAGUUCCAGUAUUCAAGAAGGGUGACCUCUCUUCAAUUUGCACUGACUUUUUAGAGGUCCUCCCCUCCCCCUCCCCCAGAGGAAUGAAACUACUUACAGCAUCUAAUUCCUUUCGUAAUAUGGAAGAAUCAGUGUAAGAUUAUUUGUCUCUUAAAAUUACCUGGUCUGCAGAAAGUCAAACUGGCAAGCACCGUUGUGGCAGAUGUGUGCAUAGAUCGCAGUGUAACCUCACUCACGGCCACUUUGAACCACGGUGGUGAUCAUGUGAAUAUAUUUAACACUGUUAACUUAAUUGACAUUGCUGUUUUAUUUUAAUCAUGAGCAACUACCAUGUUUCAUAAUGUUUUGUGUAAAUUUAAGAGAAUUACACUGUCCUUUUGAACUGCAAGAGAACAACGCUGUAGCAUAUGUACAUGAAGGCAUUAUGUUGUCUGUGUUUCAGUUUCCCAUUAAACCGAAACUUCCUUGGAGUAA